AUGGCGCCCUCGGCCGUCGCCCAGCCCAAACGCACGCCCUCGCGCCUGGGCAUGGGAACCCUGCCCGGGCCGGAGUCCGACGACCGCCCCAAGCGGCGACGCACCGCCGCCGCCCAGUCGCUGGCGGUGCUGCACCUGAGCACGCUGUCCUCCUCCUCCUCCAGCGAGAGCAGCAGCAGCGGGUCGGAGUCCGCCAGCAGCAGCAGCAGCGGGGGCAGCACGGAGGUGGACUCCGACUCGGAGCGCAUGGGGGAGGGGCCCAGCGGGCGCCGGGGAGACACGGCCUGGUCGGCCGGACUGAAUGCCACUGGGCUGUCAGAGGAGGAGCAAGGGAUCCUGCCCCCCGGCAUGAACAGGACGCUGUAUGUGCGCCUGCGCAACCGCAUCCUCAAUCGCUGGAGGAAAAAUGUUGGGCGCUACUGUGACCAGGAAUCGGUGGUGGCCAGCGUUGCAGAACCUGAGCGAGCAGCGGCCCUGCUAGCCUGGAAAUUCCUCACACUCAAGGGCUACAUCAACUUUGGCGUGUCGCCGGCGGUGUCUGCGCGCAUGCGGGCCACCACCGACGCGCGCGGGUCCGUGGUGGUGAUCGGCGCGGGGUGUGCAGGGCUGGCAGCUGCCCGGCAGCUGCGCACCUUUGGCUACCGGGUGGUGGUUCUGGAGGGCCGCAACAGGCCCGGCGGCCGCGUGCAUACUCUGCGCCUGGAGGGUCCCGGCGGUGUGGCGGCGGUUGGGGAGCUGGGCGCCUCCAUCAUCACGGGGGUGGAUGGCAACCCAGCGGCCAUCAUCGCCACGCAGCUGGGCAUCCCCAUGGCGACCAUCCGCACGCACACACCGAUCUACCUCGAAGGGGGGGUGGAGGCCAAUAAAACCCUCGACGAAAAGGUGGAGGCCCACCACAACUUCCUGCUGGACGAGUGCCACCAGAUCCGGGAGCGGCUGGCCGCCGCCGGCGGCGACCAGCCCCUGGGCCAGACCUUGGAGGCCCUGUGGACCGAGCACCUGCCCCGCCUGGGACUGGCCUCGGCCGCAGACCUGGCCCAGGCGCGGCAGCUGUUCGAGUGGCACCUGGCCAACCUGGAGUUUGCCAACUCGGAGCGGCUGGACAGCCUGUCCCUGCGCCACUGGGACCAGGACGACCCCAACGAGCUGCCCGGUGCGCACACCUUUGUCCCCGGCGGCAACGCGCGCUGGGUGCGCGAGCUGGCCCGCGACCUGGUGAUCUACUACGACUCCCCCGCCCGCGCCGUGCACUACGGGGCGCGGGGGGUGGAGGUGCACACGCCGCGGCACACCUUCCGGGCGGAUGCCGCCGUGGUCACCGUGCCCCUGGGCUGCCUGAAGGCCGGGGAUGUGGAGUUCAGGCCGGCGCUGACGCCGCGCAAGCUGGGCGCGGUGGCGCGCAUCAACUUUGGGACGCUGAACAAGGUGGUCCUCCUCUUCCCCCACGCGUUCUGGGGCGGGGAGCUGGACAUGUUUGGCCGCGCCACGCCCUCCCCCGACCACCGCGGCGACUCCUUCCUCUUCUACUCCGCCGACGUGCUGUCCGGCGGCGCCGUCCUGGUCGCCCUCGUGGCAGGUGCCGCCGCAGCUGAGUACGAGACGCUGACCGCCACGGUGGCCACCUCGCGAGUCAUGGGCACGCUGCGCGCGCUGUUUGAGCCGCGGGGCAUUCGCGUCCCGGCACCCCUCCAGGCCGGGGUCACGCGCUGGGGCUCCGACCCCAUGUGCCGCGGCUCCUACUCCUCCCUCUCUGUCGGCGCGCUGGGCGGCGCCGACUAUGACGUCCUGGCGGAGAACCUGGGGGGGAGGGUGUUCUUCUCGGGCGAGGCGACCAACCGCAAGUACCCCGCCACGAUGCACGGCGCCCUCAUCUCCGGCUUCGCCUGCGCCGCCAACGUCCACGCCUGCGCUCAGCGCCUAGCCCUGGGCCUAGCCACCUGCUCGCCGCCUCUGAAGGAGGAGGAGGCCGUCGGGAAGCCCGCCCCGCCUCACUCGGUGCCCGUGCCGUCGCAUCGAUUUGCGCGUGCGCGAGCAGAGGACUCAGCGGCAGCGGACGCGUGGGCAGAGGACGCGGGCGCGGCAGCCGCAUGGGUCCAUCACGCAGGUGCGCCCCCCGUCGGAGCCGGCGGCGCACGGGCGCCCUCCGCCCAAUCAGACGGCGCACGCGCGCCCCCCGGUCAGCCCUGCCCCGCCCCGGCGACCCUCGUUCAGGCCAUCCUGGAGCGCACACGUCACGGCGAGGCCCCGCCCGCCGAGGCCCCGCCCGUCGAGGCGCGCCCCGCCAAGGCGCCGCCCAACCCUGCGUCCCGGCAGGCGGCCUCGCCCGCGCGCGCCUCGGAGCCGGCGGCCUCGCCCGCCCCCGCACCCAUGCGGGCGGCCCGCAGCCAGGCCCCGCCUGCCUGGGAGGAAGACCUGGCUCGCGUGGAGCGCGUGCUCGCGCUCCACCCCCCAGACCUGGAGUUUGGCCACUUCACCGCCAUGCACGGCCCCCGCGCCCAGAGCCUGCUGACGUGGUGGGUGGAGGGCCGGGCGGGGCCCCGCCCCCUGGCCAUCCACAGCGUGCUGUCCACGGCCCGCGUGGAGGACCUGGCGGACUGCCCUGGGGGCGACGCGGCGCGGCUGAGCCUCUGGCUGGCCGGGCCGGGGACCGACCCGCUGCAGCGCGCCGGCUUCCAGCCGCACCACGCGGCCUGGCUCGUGGAGCUGGAGGCGGCGGUGGCGGCGCGGACAUAG